AUGGACUCGUCCAGCCCACUGCCUCUAAUCGGGGAACUUCAAGGGAAAUGGAUUAUCUCAUUUAUUAUCACAGUCAUUGCAGCAUACAUUUCUCUGGUUGCAGCGUACCGCCUGAUGCUACAUCCUCUUGCGAAAUACCCCGGACCGUUCUGGAACAAGCUGUCAGACUGGCCCUUUUUCUUUGAAGUCAUCGGUGGUGACCAUCAUCUGGAAUGCCUAAGACAGCAUGAAAUCUAUGGCCCAAUAGUGCGUACUGGCCCCAAUAAAUUGUCAGUCAACAGUGCAUCUGCUAUGCGACAGAUAUACCACCGCAGCGCAAAUGUCCAGAGAAGCGACUGGUAUCUAACUUUAUAUGCUUCUGCUUCAUACGCUCACAACGUUCACUCCGAGACCAACAAGAAGAAACACAGCGUCCGGCGCCGCGUGAUGGAGCAAGCAUUCUCAGAUGCUGCUCUAAGAUCUUCCGAAGAAUUCAUCGUUGAAAAUAUCAAAACAUUCUGUGACCAGUUGAGCAAAACCGCCGCGUCUCCCGGAGAAUGGGGGACCCCUCAGAAUAUGGACCAUUGGUGUACGUAUCUUAGCUACGACAUCAUGGGGGAUUUGGUAUUCAAUACGAAGUUCAACUGUCUUAUAAGCGAGGACAAUAGAUAUGUUCCCGAGCUGCUCAUUACUGCAACUCAGUUUCUAUACAAUCUCGGCUACCUACCAUUUGUGAGGUUUGUUCGACCUUUACUUGGAACCAAGAUAAUGGAAGUCCUUGGUGGACAGUUGGCGCGAGACGGGAGGCGUUAUAAUGAAUAUGGCGCCGAGCAGAUGAGCAAACGCCUCCAGGCCACUGAGAUAAACGAUCCAGAUUUCCCCAAAAAAGACCUGAUGCAUUAUUUAAUCAAUGCAAAGGAUCCAGAAACCGGCCAGGGGCUUACUGGUGGCGAACUCGCUGCCGAGUCUAGUCUUCUGAUAGCAGCAGGAUCUGAUACAACAUCUACAGCACUAUCUGGCGCUAUCUUCUACCUUAUUCACAACCCAGAAUGCUUAGAGAAAGCGAGGACUGAAAUCCAAUCCGCCUUUAGCUCAGCGGAGGAGAUUCGUGGUGGAACCAAGCUCAACGGCCUCACCUACCUGCGAGCAAUUAUUGAUGAAACACUAAGACUCAGCCCCUCAAUACCAAGUAACUUGAUGGUGGAAACAUUGCCUGGAGGAAUCACUGUCGAUGGAAAUUACAUCGCAGAAGGGAUGACGUUUGGAGUCUCACCAUAUGUCCUCCAUCGCAAUGCACAGUAUUUCCCGGACCCUUACGUUUUUCGGCCCGAGCGAUGGAUUGGGACUGAUAAACCAUGUUUAGUUGUCUCUAAGGGUGAAAAGAGCACAAUUGAAGACGCCUCCAACGCAAGAUAUGCCUUUUUCGCUUUUAGUGCAGGGCCUCGAGGCUGUAUGGGGAAGAAUUUGGCCUACCUCGAACUCCUGAUGACUCUUGCAACGCUGAUCUUUAAUUUUGAUAUGCGAAUUAUUCUAAGUGAUAAGUUAGAAGGGAAGAAUGAUAUUCAAGUGGCUGCCAGAAAACAUCCAGGUCGAUGGAGGAAAGACGAAUAUCAGUUGAAAGAUCAUUUUGUGCCGGAAAAGCAGGGGCCAAUCGUCCAGUUCAGAGAGAGAACUCAGAGGAUUCACCAAGUGAAUGGUGCCUGA